GCGGAGUGUAAAGAGAUGAAAGAGCUGUGAGGCAUGACUGAGGUAGGGCUAAAGGGCUACGAGGCGAGGGAGGCGCAUGAGAGCUCAACGUCGCGGACUUCAACUGCUCGCGUGGCCUACGAUCACCCACGUGCCCGGCCCGUCCGCCGCCGCUGCCCACUUUCUUCCUCCACCCAAGUCCAAGUCGACCGUCGCCGCGCGCCAUGGCAGCCCCCACGCGCUCGACGCAGGCCAUCCUGCGGCGCAUCACCGACACCAAGCAUGCGAACCUCUACACCCGCGAGGGCGUUCGCGUCAUGCGCGCCGUCGUUGACCAGCACCGCGCGGAGAUGGCCUCCUCCGGUCUUUCGACACAUCAGCUCUUCCGCCUCGCGCAGGGCGUGCAGCCCUCCGCAGACUUCAAGCCGGACCCGGUAGUGGGCGAGGGCCCCCACCCGCCGCAUCCGGAGCACCCGAUCAAGAGUGUCAGUCAAGCGAAGCGCAUCCUCGAGCACCUCAGUGGACAGCGCAUCAUUGCCAUGAGCAAGUUCAAGCGCGUCACCGAAACUCCCGCCGCCAGCUCGUCCUCCAAGCACGCUUCCGCGUCCGACGCCGAGGCACCCGCCGCGAACACCCACACCGUAUACGCCUGGCGCUGGUUGCAGGAGCUGCCGCGGGAUCCCCCACCCGCCCCGGCGCCGAAGCGGCUGCCGUACGGGUGGCAGGUCGGUGUCGGCGAGGACCGCUCGCAUCUGAACAAGCGGCGGCAGCGCGCGCGAGGACCGAAGAUUCGGGCAGCGGUGAUGCAGUGGAAGACGGAGGUGAAGCCGCAGUGGCUGCAGGAGGCGCGGGAGAAGGCGGAGAGGAGGACACAGGCGACGGCAUAGAGCACUGUUCCCUAUCUCCUCGCAACACGACUCUCACUUCAAGCUGCUUGAUUGACUCCUUGCAUUGGAUCUCAUUCUGUCCUGCUGAUUCGGUAAAGUAUACAGUUGAAUUUCCUUUAAGGAAUACGGUCGGGAGACAAUCUUUUGUAUUCCAUAGGGGGGAUAUUCCGUGCAGAAAACAGCCAAUAAUUCCUCGGAAAAUCCGAAUAUUUUAUUCCGCCUUUC